AAGCCGCUGGCCAGGGGGAUAGCGCUGUGGGCCUGCAUUCCUGGGGACAAAGACCCUGCUCAGAGUUUGGUUGUUCAGCGUGAUAGGGGCCACUGGAGCUGGCUUUGCUGGUCUAGCCUCCAGACUCCGAGAUGUCUGCCCUCCUUACAGCAGUGAAGGCACAAGAGCUGGGGGGGUCUCAGGACUUCCCUGGUGGUCCAGGGUUAAGACUUUGCCUUCCACUGCAGAGGGCACAGUUCUGAUCGCUGGUCAGAAAACCAAGAUCCACAUGCUGUGCAGUGCAGCCAAAAAAAAAAAAAAAAGAAUUAUGGGAUCUAGUUUUACAACAACCUAGAAUUUAUCAAAUUCUCAUUUGAGCUAAGUCUCUGCUACAGCAAAUAAGGCAUUUCUAGACCUUUAAAUGACCUGGAAGUUCUGUACUGUACUUGUGGCAAAAUGAAGUACUUGCUUAUGAACAAAAAUAUCUGAACAGCAUACCAGACCAGGUGGAAUAAAUGUGGGUUAAGUAAGGGUGAAGAAAAUGGUACAAGAGUUAUGAAAAACAUUCACAAAAUCUAAUAACAUGAACAGCUUGCAUCGUUAACUAACCUCCAAAAGAUAUCUCUUCGUUAUCUUCUAGUGAGGUAUUCAAAAUCCUGAGGGCAUUAAGCUCUAAGUUCUAAUUGUGAUAGAGCACUUAUUUGUUAAAAUAUAUCAAAUGUAGCCUGAGAAUGAGGCAACUGCAUAGAGAUUAUCUUUUAAUGGAAAUUGUUUCUUUAUGAGCCUUUUAUGCAUCCUUUAGGAUGGGGUUUUAUUCCUAGUUCCCUAUAUCUGACUGCUUUAUGUGGUCACACAAAAAAUAGAUGAAUGGCUAUGGUUCCCUACAAAAAGUCUAAAAUGCAUAAGCAUUAAACAUUCCAAUUCACUGAGAAUUUUUUCAAUUUUGGAUCUGCUUGUUCAGCAUAUCUAGCCAUCUAAUACUUCAUGCUGGCAGGGUGUGGGGUGAUGGGGAACCUAAAAUUCAGGAGAUAUUUUGGUGCAAAUUGUAGAAAACCAAAACAGAGAUUCUGUCACACACGUCCUAGGAACAGCAGACAAAAAAAUCCCAACACCUCAGCCCCUGGAGAACUGUCUUGGGAACAGGAAGGCAGUGUGGAACCGAGGUGAAGGUGUGCUGGUAUGUCUGUUAGCCCGACCUGCAGCCGACCUGCUGGAAAAGGACUCCGGAGGCAUCCACUGAUGGGCAUCAAAAAGCAAUCCCAGUCUGUCUAAAGGUGGCCUGCAUAUAGCUGUGGGGUGAAGAGCGAGACUGUGGGUGGAUGGUGUUGAUCUGAGUCAGUGUGGAGACUGCCCCAUGGGGCAAACAGAAGUAAGGUGUGCUUACUACUCCAUCUGCUCGUUCAGACCAAGGGAAACCUGCACAUAGGUUGGAAAUUAUUGAGAGAAAGCAGGCCCUGAUUUAGAGUUAAGAUUUGAUUCUGGUGUCAAGGAUUAACAUUAAUGGCCACAGGAGGGGGACUAACAAAGACUGGAUUCUAGAUAAAAAGAGUAAAUAUUUUGGGCUUUGAGGGCCACGUGGUCUCCAUUGCAACUACUGAACUCUGUCACUGUCCCUAAAAAUCUGUGGGGGAGAGAACUGGAGAUGGACUGCUCACCGGCCACCGUACUUACUCUCUAGUCCUUUUCAGACAAAGGGUUACUUCUGAUCCAUAAUCUAAAUGUCAGUGUGGAGUACCACUACCAGGUUCUUGUAGGAAACGGCCUCUCAAAAAGUAAGUUCAACCAAUAACAGUGACAUUUCUUAGAGUGAUAAGGCACUCUCAAGAAAAAAAAAAAAAUUCAGAAGGACACACCACGAAUCCAGUGAAAGACAAUCUCCUCUAGGAGAUAAAAUCAAAGGCUCUAAUUUAAGUUUCCUUUUGGUAUCCACCAUUUCAACAUUCAGCAUUUUCAUAUGAAUGGGAAAACUUAAUGACUGUUAGCAAGUCCCAAAAGUACUAACACAGUGACCUAAAUGGGAAGGAAAUCCAAAAGGAGUGUGGAUGUAUGAACACACAUGGCGGAGUCACUUUGUUAUACAGCAAAACUGACACCACAUUGUAAACUAUAUGCCCUAAAUCAAUAAAUAAUUUUUAAAAUUGAUGCAUAAAAAAAUGACACUGGAGGCAGGAAAUAAUUAAGUACAAAUAUUUUAUUAAAUUUGGUAUAAAAUAUUUUUUAAAAGUCAUAAUGAAGAAAGGAGAGAGAAAUGAUCCACACAAAGAUUUUGUGGAUGGGUGCUCAGACUGUGAAGGCUCUUAGGGAUUCAAGUUACAGCCUAAAAGCUUUAGCUGAAUAUUUCAUAUCAUUUAUAAUAGGAUUAUCAUCACAGGUGAAAAUUCUAACUGAUGAUGUGCAAGAGGCCAAGUCUGACUAGCCAACCCUACCAUCCAGUCACAGAUCGUGGAGAAUUUCCUAUGGCAACAAGUAGAAUUUGUGGGGGGGUGGGGGGAAGAGAAAAUUUGCCCAGACAGACCUGAAAGUAGAAAAGCCUGCUUUCCUGACUUACGAACACACCUUUUUGUAACUUUUUAUUAUCCUUGGUCUGCAUGUACAUUUCAUAACCCAUAUGCUGAAACUGGUGGAAAAGAAGUUCUUCAACCUGCAAGUAUUCCUCCAAGCCUGUUGUGUAUGAGGUUUGCGCUCAGUAAACACAGAAUGGGUCAGGAGAGCCCGCAGACUGGACCAGACUCCAAGACUGCAGGGAGCUUCGGGAGGACCCUCUGGGUUUCCCUGCCAAUGGGGUCAGAAUGGAUGGAGAUGCGGAAGCGGCCGGUGUGCGCAGCCCAGGAGCCUGCAGCCUGUGCCCCCGGCCAGCCUGGAGUGGAGAACCAGGGGUCCAACGCUUGCUGCUUCUGCUGGUGCUGCUGCUGCAGCUGUUCCUGUCUCACUGUAAGAAACCAGGAGGAACAGAGACUUAGAAGGACUUCCUAUGAAGUCAGAACCGAAGACCUUCCCACCUGUGAAGAAAGCCCGGGUCCCACCCUGGAGGAGGCCAGCGCCUGGGCUCAGUCCUUUGACAAGCUCAUGCUCACGCCCGCGGGCAGGAACGCCUUCCGGGAGUUUCUGCGGACCGAGUUCAGCGAGGAGAACAUGCUCUUCUGGAUGGCAUGCGAGGAGCUGAAGAAAGAAGUGAAUAAAGCCAUGAUUGAAGAGAAAGCGAGGGUCAUAUAUGAAGACUACAUUUCUAUUCUCUCUCCUAAGGAGGUCAGCCUGGACUCGCGCGUGCGGGAGGCCAUCAACAGGAGCAUGGCCGAGCCCUCCCAGAACAUCUUUGACGAUGCCCAGCUGCAGAUCUACACGCUGAUGCACAGGGACUCAUACCCCCGCUUCAUGAACUCCGCUCUCUACAAAGACCUGCUCCGCUCUUUAUCCGAGAAAGCAGUGGAAGCCUAGGAUAUCAAAGAUAUUUAUUAUGAAUAAAAUAAUCCAAGAACUCGUGGGCUCCGUCUAGGACAGGGACUUUAGAGGCGGUAGUGUCUUCUGCUGGUCGUACUCGGGCUGUUUUAAUAACAGAUGCUUUCUUCUGCAGAAAACUGAUACAUUCAUCAAGAAAACUGCAGCCACCUUUCCUGAUCCUUUUGGAAAGACUGGGGUAUGGCUCUGUAGAGAGGUUGUGUAGUUACAUUUACAGUGACAGUAGUUUGUUCUCAAGUGACAAAGGAUACACAAGACGCCACAUUGCCUUCAAAGGGUACAUCAUGGGAACAAAAGGACCCAGAUUCCCAUGUUAUAAAAAUGUGACCUCUACUUGUAAAAUUGGUAUCCCACUGUAUCUUAGGAUACAUCUAUGUAUUGCUAAAUGCAUAUAUGUGCAUUUGUAUCUUACAUAGUUGAUGUAAAGCACCGUGCUCUUAACUGGAUCAGCAUCAAAAGUUUGGUAAGAGUAGCAGUGUUUAGAAAAUCCUUUUGUUGACAAGUUACCUUUAUUUUUUAUUACCAGAGCCUGCCAACCUAAAGAAUGAAUUUUCAACUUAGUGGCAUUCAUCAAAAACAUUCAAAUAAGUAUAUUUCCUUUUUUAGUACUGAAAGAAACAUGGGCAUUUUCACCCUAAAAAAAUAAAGCACAAGAGUUUUAUCUCA